CGUGCCCUGAUUGACUUCACACAGUCUGUAGUGGCCGGCAGGAGCAGCGGAUCAGCGGCGGAUCUGCGGAGACACGCAGCGGAGCUUCCCGCCUCUCCCCCGGGCUUUCUGUCUCUGUUUCAGCCGCUGAUUUUUUUCUCCCGGAGGCGGUUCUGGAUCUGGAUCUGAUUCUGUUUGCUCGGUGCUGCCGCCAUAGUGAUGCUGCAGACUGAAGGAUACUGAAGGAUGCUGCUCGCCUGUGAUGCUACUCUGGUCCCCAUCUUCUCCCUGAGGACAAGGCCUGAGUGGCUGGGAUACAGUGGAUUGGUUUGUUGAGAUGCUAUGCCCUGUCCUGGCUGGUCUACAACACAGCUGCUGAUGCUACUGUGGAUACUGUGCUAAGUGGUUGUAGCUAGCAUCCUCCAGGCUUCCAUCAGUUCUAGAUGAAAAACAAACCAUACCAGCUGAAGUUCACACCACCCUGGGAGAAGGAUGUUGGCUUCGGCAGGAGGCACAAGAUUUACAUGCGAAAACCCGCCAAGAUAAUAGCCAACCCCGGCGUCGUGAUGAAGGUGCUACGCCGCAAAAAGAUCUUCAUCUUCCUGGCCUACUUUCUGCUGGUGGCUCUGACCAUGCUCAAUCUGGCCAACUACCGGUGGACCAAGGAACCCCAGCAGUGCAGCCAUGAGAUGCUGAGCAGCAGGUUCCAGAACACGCUGGACGUCAGGUUCCUCUUCAAGGAUCCGCCGACGAAGCCCAGGCAGCUUGUCUAUGUGUUGACCACGUGGCGUUCAGGAUCGUCCUUCUUCGGGGAGCUCUUCAAUCAAAACCCGGAUGUGUUCUUCUUGUAUGAACCCAUGUGGCACAUUUGGCAAAAGCUCUAUCCAGGUGACGCCGUUUCGCUCCAGGGAGCAUCUCGAGACAUGCUGAACUCUCUAUACAGGUGUGACUUCUCUGUAUUUAGCUUGUACAGCAGUCCUUCAGGCAAGAACAUGUCCACGCUUGGUCUUUUUGGCUCCGUCUACAACAAGGUCAUUUGCUCCUAUCCUCUUUGCUCAGCCUAUAGAAAGGAAGUGGUGGGCAUGGUGGACGAGAACGUUUGCAAAAAGUGCCCAUCCCACAACAUCCAAGUCCUGGAAGAACAAUGUCUGAAAUAUGACACCAUCGUGAUCAAAGGGGUGCGCAUUUUGGACAUAAACAUCCUCGCGCCACUCAUGGAGGACCCCUCCCUUAACCUGAAAGUGAUCCACCUUGUCCGAGACCCUCGGGCCGUGGCCAACUCCAAAAUCAAAUCCAAGCACGGCUUGAUACGCGAGAACAUGCAGGUGGUGCGAAGCCGCGACCCAAAGGCUCGCCACCCGCCGCUGAUGGAUCCAAACCAGAAGCAAAACCGAAAGGACAGCUCAGACUACCACUCCGUCAGCGCCAUGGAGGUGACCUGUGACCACAUGUACAAAACCAUGAAGACUGCUCUUGACCCUCCCAGCUGGCUUAAAGGGAAGUACAUGACGGUGCGCUACGAGGAUCUGGUGGACAACCCAGUCAAUACCUUGCGCAGUGUACACCAUUUCUUGAACAUAACGAACAACCGUGACUUAGAAACCUUCGCCAUGAACAUGACCAGUGGAAACAGCGAAACCUCUCAACCCUUCUUGGUGUCUUCGAGGAAUGCCACCAAGGCUGCCAACGCUUGGAGGACAGUGCUCAGCUACCAGCAGAUCCGACAGGUGGAGGAGUACUGCAGCCAGGCCAUGUCCCUCCUCGGCUACGUGCGGGUUCGUUCUCCAGCCGAGGCCAAAGACCUGAGCAAGUCUUUAAUGACGCGACUCAGGGUUUGACGCUCUGGGCGCCGCCUGGAAGUGCACCACCGUUCGCUGGUAUGAGACUAUGAACUGGUAUGGUUUCUCAUGGUUUGUGUUUAUUGAAAGACGUUUGCGAGAACUGCUGCUACUGGAGCAUACGAGACCAAAUAAGACAAACAAAAAAAAAGUACGCUGUGUACAGUGUCUUGUUGAACUUUAACCUAUGCCAAGACGUUACUCUAGAACGUAUACGCUAGCGCUCAACAGUUUACAACAGUUUACAACAGGCAGAGUCAAUUUACCAACAGUUACCAACUUCAGAAGAAACGUCUUUUUAAAAUCUGUUUACGAAGUUUGUAUGAUGUAGGAUUCUGGUACAGUAUUUUACAAAUGAACAAACUUAACAGGAUAAAAUACUCAAAAACACAUUUUUACUUGGUGCAAUUACUCAUUUUUAUCAGAGAAUUGUUGCUGUAGGGACUGUUGCUUCUAAGAAAGAUAUUUGUGAAUGAGCCCCAUUGUUUUCGGCAGUGUAAAAGCUGAUCGUAAAGUGUUAGUUCUGGUUUAAGAUAACCCUAAAUCCAAAGGUGUUUCACCAUUGGUGCUUUUAGGAUGAAAUUCUGACAUUAGAGAUGAUUUUAAAAUCACUGAGAAAGGUACUAAAAUCAGAACAUUAAAAUUGUAUUUACUCUUUAAUUUUUAAUAAAGCCUGUGAAAUACAUUUUGUUAAAUAGGUUAUAGUAUUGUACAAAUCAUCACUGUAUAUAACAUAAAACAAAACCAUUAACAUGACACGUUGUUUUAAGCUUUUGAACGCUAGCGUACCUCGUCGUAUGAAGGCCGGGAGGUUGAUUUACACAGAGUGCUCCAUACUCUUACUUACUCUUAGGCUUACUGCUGUGUUUUCUUUAGCCUUGCUUUGAAUUUGAAAGCUACUGACAGCGUGGCCCUUACAUCACUGAGGCUUUCAGUCUUUUCAGCCUUAAUCCAGAGUUAUUAUAAGUGUUAAAAGUCUUGACGAAUGACAUGCGACAGACUGACUCUCAUCCUUACGGUACGAGUAACGAGUCAACGAGUAAUGAUGUUUUAUGGAAUGUUUUGUACAAUGCUGUAUUUAAGGAUUUGAGGCACAACAACGUGAACUGGUUUCAUUUUAAUCAUUAUUUUAUUGAUGAAAGUGCCUUGCUCAGACAGUUUGUGAGCCGUAGGAGAGUUUUAAAAGGGUACUCCACUAAGGGUUUUAAUUUUGCUGUGUAAUUUAAUGGUUAAGGUGUAAUCAAAGUCAUUCAUGGUGGUAUUAUAACAUUUUGUUGCAGAGAAUUGUUCACAGUGGUGGUGAAUGGAGCUGAGAGCUACUUCAUAGAAGGUUACCAAUAAACAUUUGGACAAAAACUAUAAUAUUGGCUUAUUAUUCAAAAAAAUAAUACAUGGUGGAGGUUGUUUUAAUCAAAAAGUAGUCCCUAUAAAAAAACUUACUUUUAACAUGAUUUUACUGCUAUUCAUUAGCAUUCAAAUGUUUUAAGGCACUGUUUAAACUAAAACACAGUGGUUUUAGUGAGAAAUGAUAAUUCAGUCAGAAGUUAUUUGCAGCAGAAGAGUUUACAGAGAGUUUAUGUCUUUGGAUCUCUUUAAAAGGUACGUCAAAAAAGGUUUGCAAUAAAUAUUUGGCCUAAAACAUAUUUUAACAAAAGUUAGUUCUGAACCCACGUUGUGAUUGGCUGAAUAAUGGCACUUAGACCGAAGUGGGUUAUUUAUUGAUUAUUAUUCCACCACAUACACUCAUAACCUAGAAAUGAUGCCAACAUGUACACAACUCAAACACCAGCCAUAACAAAGCAGCAAAGUUACACUACCUGGCCAAAACAAAAACAAAAAAGUCACACUCUAAAAUAUAGUUGAAUGGCCUUUAGCUCUGUUUGCGGCUUUACGCAUCCAGUGUUGCAUUAAUUUAUUCAUUUUUCAGCAAGAUCUUGCAGCAGCAUUGAUGAUGGUAGAGUCUGACCAACCACUGCACAAAGCAGCUCUUCUCCAUCCAGCACAUCCCAAAGAUUCUCAAUGAGGUUAAGAUCUGGACUCUGUGGUGAACUCUCUCUCAAUCCAUGUGUGAAAAUGAUGAUGAUCUCAUGCUCCCUGAACUUUAAACCAUGAACUCUUUCACAAUUCCAGCACCAUCAAUCCUGGCAUUGUAUUGUCAUCUUGGAAUAUGGCCGUGAUCAUCAGGGAAGAAAAUUUUAUUUAUUGAUGGAAUAACCUGAUCUAUAUUCAGUAUAUUCAGGAAGUCAGCUGACCUCAUUCUUUCAGCACAUACUGUUGCUGAACCUAAACCUGCAGACCAACUGCAGCAUCAACCAACCAACCCCACAUCAUGAGCUAGCUAACAUACUAACAUUAUCAGGGAUAGAACUAAGGGUAGCGGAAAAGUAGCUAACAUUAGCGGCGAGUUAGAUAACAUACAAAUGUUAGCAGCAAGUUAACUAACGUUAGCAGCAAGCUAGCUAACAUACUUACUUUAGCUAGCUUAAACGAGCUAGCUAACAUUACCAGGGAGUGAACUAAGAUUAGCGGAGAGCUAUCUAACAUAAUCUUAGUAUUUUACUAACUAACGUUAGUAACGUUAGUAUUUUAGCUAGCUUGCUGCUAACGUAUUUAGUAUUUUAUAUUCCUGGUAACGGAAACAAGCUAGCUAAUGUAACCAGGGAUAGAACUAAGGUUAGCGGAGAGCAAGCUAACAUUAGCGGCGAGUUAGCUAACAUUCUAACGUCAGGGGAAAGUUAGCUAACAUUAAAUGAGCUAGCUAACGUUAUCAGGGAUAGAACAUUAGCCGCACAUUUGCUAACAUAGUAACAGACUAAUCAGAAGAAAGUUAGCUAAUGUUAACUGGGAGAGAACUAAAAAAACUAUAAGUACAUUUUGGGUGUUAAAUUAUAUCUAUUGAGGUCUUAAAAAGGUCUUAAAAGCAUUAAAUUUGAUUUUUAAAAUGGUGCAAGAACCCUGAUUGAUUUUGUUUACACCUCAACUAGUCUGAAUUGUGCUUUCUUUUUUUAUUUGGUGGAUUUUCCCUUUUAAAGAGUAUUUGUAUUUUCAUGCAAAGGCAUUUGUUUGUUGUCUCAACCGUCGCAUUAAAAGUUAAAGUUGCAUUAA